UGUUUCGGUAAUCCAGAAAUCAUGAGUGAAUUCAGGAUUCAUCACAUUGUGAGCGAGCUUUGCACCUUCUUAGGGAUAAAUCCAACAGUUGCAGAAAAUUAUACUGAAAAUCUGAAGGCUUCCAUUCAUAGAUUCGAUAACACACAAGCAUCAGCGUCAAGUGCAGUUAAGAUUCUGGCAGAGAAGUCUAGUAGCCGGAAAGCCUUCGUAAAUAAAUAUGAUGAACUUAAAAGUCGCAAUGUACAAGAUGUUGAUUCACUUGUUGUGGUUCUGGGUGGUCUUCAGGAAGACCAAGAUUUGAAAAGGUUUGUGGAAGAGAUGUCAAGACAAAAACUGGAGGAAGAUGGCUAUCCAUCUAUGUCAGCCCCUGAAAUUGUAAAUGAUCUCCAACAAGCUACUGAUACUGUGCUUUCAAGAGAUCAAAUUGAGAAGCUAAGGACACGGUUAUUGAAAGAACUUGAGGUAGUUCAUGUGCGUGAGGCCUUGAAAGCCAUAGAAAAUACUGAAAAGAAGGUUGUUCCUUUGGGGCCACAAACUCCAGAGUGGGUGACAAAUCGACCUUUCAUGUCACUUGACUUCACAAAAACAGAUCCUCAGCAGGAAAAUGCUCCUUUGGGUGAUGUGCCCUCACUGUCCCAAGAGCACCAACUUAUUGAAGAUCUUUUGCAUCUUAUGAUGGGAGUUGAAGGAAUUUAUAUCAAAGGAGAACCUGCGGCAAAUUCGUAUGAUCCACCAGAGUUUAUUGUGGAUUCUUCCGUUGAUCCAUCCCUCGGUCAGUUUGUGAAUCGAAUAUUGCCUGUGUGUGGGUACUAUUCUCAGUUAGCAACAUUUAUUAAAGAAAAAAGCCAAUAUCAUCAUGGUGUUGUUAACCAGGCACUUGCCGCAGCUAUUAAUACUCUUAUUCAGGAUUAUUUGCUGUUGAUUACUCAGCUGGAAGAGAUGCAUCGACAAUGGACUUUAACAUUACACAAGCUUUUCUUCUACAUUGAAAAAACCAUGGGAGUAAUGGAUACUUUGGCCUGCAUCACAAGCAUAAUUAGCAGAUCAGGUGCUCAUGGAGGUGCCGUGCUUAGCCUACUUCAUGACCGUACCAUCAGCCUCACUGGGUGUGCAUACAGGCAAGAUGUCAUGGUAUUUCUCACUCAAGCCACAGCAGAACCAUUUAUGGACAUGCUCUCUAAAUGGUUAUACAGAGGUACUAUAAAGGACCCAUAUCAUGAGUUCAUGGUAAUGGAUCGUGAGAAUGGGAUUGAAAAUAUGGAUGAGGCUAUAACCGAUGACUACUGGGAGAGACGCUACUCAGUAAUUCAUCAGAAUAUUCCAACUUUCCUGAAGGCUUAUGACAACAUGAUCCUUCGCACUGGAAAAUACCUUAAUGUUAUAAGGCAGUCAGAUCCUAAUGUUACGAGCCCAGAACAACAGAAGCUGUCUUAUAAUAUGCGUGACAACUCCUACGCGGAAGUCAUUGAACGAACUUAUAAUUUUGCUUCUAAAAGGCUAUUAGAAUUGCUAAUGAAGGAGAAGGAUUUGAUGGGAAGACUAAGAUCUGUGAAGCACUACUUUCUUUUGGACCAAGGUGACUUUGUUGUACAGUUGAUGAGCUUACUAGAAGAUGAACUGAAGAAGAAUAUUGAUGAUGUCAUUCCUAAUCGUUUAGAGUCCUUAUUAGAACUGGCUUUGAGGACAUCUGCUGCUAACAAUGACAUGUACAAAGACGACAUUGUAUGUGAACUACAGCCUAUCACUCUGAUGCAUCAGAUGCUCAGAAUUUUAAGCAUUGAUACAGAGGAUGAACAUGAUUUCUACCUUCAAGAAGACAGAUUACAGCUUUCAGGUCUCCAGGGAUUUUCUCUUGGCUAUCGAGUCACUUGGCCUGUUUCUCUCAUCUUGGAUCGGAAAACCAUCACUCUUUAUCAAAUGAUAUUUCGUCACUUGUUUUUCUGCAAACAUGUGGAAAAGCUAUUGUGCAGAGUCUGGGUAAGCAACAAAGUAACCAAGAGCUUCCCACUCUCUGCCUCUCGCACAUACAGUUCAGCAUUUGCUCUUAGGCAACGUAUGCUGAAUUUCAUUCAGAAUAUUGAGUAUUAUAUGAUGUUUGAAGUUAUUGAGAGAAACUGGCAAACUUUUAUCAACAAAAUGCAAAAGGUCGAGAAUGUUGAUGAGGUUUUAGUCUUCCACAACGACUUUUUGAAAGACUGCCUUAAGGAUUGUAUGCUAACUUCUCCAGAGCUGCUACGAAUUAUAUCAAAAUUGACCAGCAUAUGCGUCAGUUUUGCUAAUUUUAUAGAGAGGAUGAGAAAAUACUAUAUGGAAGCCGAACUUGGAUCAGCAGAACGAACGGAAUCAAUAGACCGAGAGGAGUCCCCAGAGCCAGAAUCCAGUAUGCAUGAAGACAGUCAAAGUUUUGAGCAAACUAUCUCAAAAUUUGAGCUGCAGUUUUCUGGGAUGAUUUACACUCUCAUAGAAAAAAUUGUUGAGCAAGGUCGAGAGGACUACAACGAUGCUCUUGUGAAUGUAAUAUACAGAUUGGACUUCAAUAUGUAUUACGCCAAGAAACAUGAGCACCUUCGAAUGGCAACCUCAAAUGAAGCAUCAUUGGAGUACAUAAGUGGACCUCCUUCAGGGUGAUAAAUUAAGCAUUCCAAAGAGGCUAGUGAUAAUUCAUACAGACAUCCUGUUAGUUUAAGUGUGCUAUCUUAAGGCCCAGUGGUUAAAAAUCACAAUAUGUGCCAUGAAACUAUCCAAGAAUUUUUCCAAUCUUCUCAAGUUUGAAAAAUCAAACAUUGAUACCUAGAUGCAAGAAUCCAUCAAAUUUAUGAUACAAAUAGAAGGGAAAAUAAGAUAAACUGAAGUACAUAAUAAAAAAUAUGUUUUACUAUGCUAAAUCUUAUGUAGCUUUGCUUUGGUUUCAUUGCUCUUGUUAAAAACUCAUUUCAGUUUACAAUAUUUUUUCAUUAGAGUUGUUUUUUGACAUCAUGUUGGGAUCAAACACUCAAGUACUAGGUUAAGAAGAUGUAAAUAAGAUAAAGCAAUUGAUGUUACUAAAAAAGUGUUAGAAUAAGUUUCUGGGUAAAACAAAAAACCUAGUCCUUCAUUUGCCAAGUUAUUGCUGCUUAUUAAGAUAAAGUUUUUAAAAUUUAAAGUUUUUUCUGUCUAUAGCAGCUAUGCAACUUGGAGUUGAGAACUCUUCAGAGAAAUUCACAGAUGUGUGACAUUGUAAUUAUGUGAAUAUUAGGAUUUUUUUUUUUUACUGAAAAUUAUGAUGACAUUUUCUACAAAAGUAAGUACUAAAGGUAUAGUAAAUGAAUAUGAAAGCAUUCUAACAUCUCAUCAUAAUGUUCUUUGCUUGACAAAAAAUUGACAGAAGGUACACACAUAUUAAAUACUUUUUAAAAGCAUUAAUACCAUUUAUAUUAAAUGCUUGUCAGGGAAAGUAAAAUGGGUAAAAAGUUAAGUAUUUGGCAAUGAACACUUUACAUUUCUCUGGAUAUAGACUACAAAAAAAGAUGUGAUUUCUUUGCUGGAGUUGACAAUUAUACAUAGCUUGUGCUUUGUACUGUCUUCAUUUUUUAAAUAAUACCAUCAUGUAGUCAAGGACAUGACAAAUUUUUUGUAUUUCUCUCACAUUUUACUAAAAUUUUCAUGUCUUGGCUAUUAUUUGGAUAAGAGUUAGUUACAUUUAGUGGAAGGCAAAUAGCAGGAGAGUUAUCCACUUAAAAUUUCCCGUAAGAUAAUUUGUACAUCUUUGCAAUGUAACAAUUUGGGAUUGUUAACUUGCUCCAGAUAGUGGGAAUUCUAUUUUUUUUCUUUUACUGGAGGGAGUUUUGAAAAGUUUUGUGAUGAAUUCCUGCCACACUAUUGAUAGUGUUUACUGGUUCAACAAACUGUUAAUUAAGUUCAAGGUUUUGCAGAUUUAUAUUUUUGUUAGAUGUAUUACUCCUUACUCUAUCAUCCUGUAAAAUUCAUCUCAUAACCAAAAAAAUUGUCUCUGCCAUUUUUAGUAUGUGUAGAUAUCACUUGACUCUCAUUCAAGGACUUCAGAAGAGAAUUAAUUCAAAACGUAAAUCACCAUUUAGUAGCUAAGGUUUUAUUUUGUGAAUGAUAUAGUAUAAUGAAAAAUGCAUGUUUGAAGUUCAUAUCAUCUAAUAUUACAAUUUUUAAAUAUGUUUUGUUGUUUAUCUCAAAAUGCUGUAUUUUUAGACAUUCUGACAGCUUUGUUGUAUUAAUUUUAGGUCGUGUACAGUAUAUUCUUAUUGAUACCGAGCUAAUACAGUAUAUUAUAAAAGA